AUGGACGAACAGCAGCCCCAGAUCAGCCCCGAAAUUCAGGAUUUAGUCGCCAAGACUGCUCAAUACAAGGCCGAACUAACAUCAAUACAGGUGGAUGAUCCUCGGAUUGAUGGCACAGUGGCGGUAAGAGAACCACAUUCAGUUCUGCCAAAUGUCGUAGUCAGCGUCCAGUACAACAUUGCCAAUUGUCCGAUAAUUGGGAGAGAUCUCCGGGGCGACACUAUCAACUAUUAUAACCCCCCACAGUACAGAGCAUUGGAAGGUACUGGACCAAAAGCGUUGGGCCAAGACCAACUGAGAGAACUGAAUGACAUAGAACCUGAAUCAGAUGGCCAAGAUACACAUCAGAUCUCAGUCAAACAGGAUUUGGAACCUCUGGAAGACGGUCGAGAAAUAGGAAAUACUACGGUCAAGGAACUCGCAGAGACUGGGAGGGAUGUGCAUGACAAAGAAAAGCUAACUGACAAACAGGAGAAAGGAGAUUGGUGGUUUAUUGGGAUGCGAGUCGUACGUGGUCCGGACUGGCAGGGGGGUAAUGAGGAUGGCGGCUGUGGAUGCGUUGGAACGGUGGUGCCGGUACAAGACGUAGAGAGCAAAUCUAGAAUUUGGGUACGAUGGGACUCAGGUGUUUUGGCCGAGUAUCGCAGCGGGAGAGAGGGUGGUCAAUUUGAUCUACGUAUAUACGACAACGCCCAGCGAGGAGUAAAACACGAACUGGUUGACUGUGAUGGCUGUAGUGAGCGGGGUGUUGUUGGGAUCCGUUGGAAGUGUCUGCAAUGUGAUGAUUACGACUUAUGCCACAGAUGUUACAACGAGUGCAGACAUGAUCAGCGCCAUCCAUUUAUGAGGAUAGAUGAGCCUGGUGAUGAACCCGGUGUUGAGGUACCUUGUCGCUUGGGCGCCAAGAGAUUCACGGCCUUCGGAAUUUUCGCAGGAGCAAAGGUGGUGCGAGGGCCCGAUUGGAAAUGGCAAGCCCACGAAGGGGCAAUCGGGUCCGUUGGAACUGUUACAGAAAUAGAAAAGCAUGAAACUGCCGAUAGUUCCCGAACUUCCUAUCGUUCCUUAGUGAAAGUGCAAUGGGCUGCAGGUAACUCCAACUAUUACCGACGCGGGUUUGAGGGACAAAUGGAUUUGCAAUACUUCAAGAAAGCAAGCAACGGGGAAUUCUUUAUCGAGCACCUCCCAACGCUCGAUGCAACAACAUGCAGUUCUUUGUUCGAAAUCGGAGACAAAGUUCGUUUGAGGGACAUCGACUUAACCCAGCUUAAGGACAUUCAGGAGGAGCAUUACGGCUGGGUAGAAAAGAUAAAAAAUGCAAGUCCAUGCGUGAAAAAUGGUAAUCUUCUCAUCCAAUCAGCGAUAGUUGGGGAUGACAGUGAAGUGAAAGAGAUCCUUACCAACCAUCCUGAUGUGGCAAAUUAUCAGAAUCAGCAGGGCGUAACUGCACUUCACUUGGCUGCUCAUCACGGCCACCUUGAUGUCGUUCAUGCUUUGGUAGAAGGCAACGCUCCCCUUGAACAACAGGAUACAUAUGGAGAUACCGCCCUCAUGUUUGCUGCUGUGGGAAACAAACCAGAUGUUGUCCAGUACCUCCUGCUCGUCGGAAGCAACCCAAACACAUCCGAGGAACGUGGACUCACUCCUCUCCAUGCAGCCGCUGGUCAGGCUAAUGACAAAUGUGUACAAGCACUGCUGAGUUCCCAAGUGCAAAAGUGUGAUGUGAAUAGCCAGGACAUCAACGGAGACACACCAUUGUUAAUCGCAAUUGGACGUCCGGGAGAUAACAAGGCGAUGUUAGGUUUAUUGAUAGAACACACGACAGAUGACGGUCUGAGACUGCUGAACCACAUAGGCUUCAACUCCUUACAUUAUGCAGCCUACCAUGGGAAGAAAUAUGCCGUCGAGAAGAUUCUGAAACGUUUACCGUCCAUGAUCAACAUAGCUAAACGUGAUGGUUUUACGGCGCUGCACCUCGCUGCUACCAAUGGCUACACAGAGAUUGUAAAGACAUUACUCAAACAGGAAAAUUGCGACAUCAGUGCUCGAACUGUGCUGAAAAGGCAGACAGCUCGAGAUCUUGCUGUAGAAGCGAGCCACCAAGAGUGCAUCAACAUUUUGGACGCCCACGGAUCAUUACAAAAGUAGCGAAAGUAUACCUGAAUUUUUCACUCCUUUCAAGUAAGAAAUACAUAGGCUUUCUGAUGCGAUUAUGUCCGGUAGUCAGGCUAUCAUCUUUUACGUGUUGUUGCCAAACCUUUAUGGAGAACUCUUUCGCUACCAAACACAUCGGGAUCCACACACAAUUAUUUGCUAUUCAGUUUUCGCUCGCAAUUGCACAUUUUGGCCAACUUUAUCAGGCGCCAAAGAGAAUCGUAAAAUACCCAAUGUUCGUUACUGUGGUGCUUGGCAUAGCAGUGUGACGUGCAUUGUUUUGGUACGCUGCUUUUUAAACGUGUUUUGCAUAAUACAAAAUUCAGGGUGUCAGCCCGAAUAAAAAAAGAUGAGCAACAGACAGAGGGACAGAUAGAGAGAUAAUUUUUAACUAACUGCGAAUAACCAUAAUGAUGUUUUACCAAAAACCAGGAGUAAUGACCUUUCCGUUGAUACCCUGGAUGUAGACCUCUGGUCAUGUACCAUAUUUCCAUUGUUUUAAAAAUGGUUUAUUAUAGACUUUGAGUUAAAUUUUUAGUAAACUCGGUUUUGCACACAGCCAGACAUAAGCGAAUGGGUUCAAGCGUUUAUAUUUCACUUUAUUAAGCAUGAAAAAAAACCACAAAAAAACACAGAAUCACUGUUCCGUUAUUUGAUAAUCUUAAUCAUUCAGAAUCCAACACCUUACAUGCAUCCCGAGGUAUCCACCUAGCUUCUUACACAAAGUCUUCAUCGGUGGUGCUUUUCUUCCAGGGCCCAAUUCACCUGAACAUUGGGUGUUGAUCACGUAACUUCUCAAUCUCGUGCUAAAUGCAAACCUGUAAGGUUGGGAAGUGGAAUGUUGAAAACCGUUUUCAUUACAUCCCUUAAAAUAAUACACAAGUCACAAUAACGAAUCCAGUGUAGUUAACUUAGAAGUCAUUUUACACGAAGAUUCCUUUGAGAUUUACAUACAAUUGUCCAACAUUGAAACUCAAAUGCAUGACCAGAGGCAUGCAUGCAAGAUAUCAAUGAAAGCUUACGGACCAUAG